GUUAUGCAUCUGAGACAACUCAGAAGCCAUAUGUGGUCUUCAACACGGCCGUGCCGUCAGGUCUUUGCACUGGAAGCAAGCUUGGCGCGGGAACCGCCGCCACGAACCGGAAGACGGAGCCAAGCUGCCGAGGGCACCUCGGAUACCAUGCAGGUGCUGCGCAUUCAGAAUUUGACGUGCCUUCAAAAACCCUCGGGGAAUCUCGCUACAAGGUCUGUGCCGUCCCCAAAAGGACAAGCUCCGUCGGGGAGCAUUACCCUGAGCAUUACCCAGCGGGGUGAGGACCUACCUGCUGGACUUGGCUGGCCUGGAGCAAUUCCUCCCUCCACGGUUGAGUCAACUCAUGUAAAGUAUGGCGCGGUUUGAAGCACACACCUGACGCAAGCCAUCUGGGGCCCAUUUGACUGCCGGUCUGUCGGCAGCCCGCCAAGGCCCACCCAAGUCCUGUCAACGCACAGAUUACAAUUGCUUUAUGCGUGAUUGAGCAAGCCUAAUUUAUUGUUUGCAGCGAUCGCGAUGGCCAGCCUCCGCUCUGGCACAGCUCACCAGUGGUUGCCCGCCCUCUCCCCGAACCUCGCUUUAACUCAGGUGUUAGAUUAAAAUAAUAGGGCAUUCAUUAUGCAUAUUGCAACAGGAACCUCAUCUCACUCCUGAGCUCUGAAACUCCCAGUCCAAACCACCUGUGCAGCAUUUAUAGGGGCAACGCCAAACAUUCUCAUACUCAUGGAAUUGCGUGGAUGGUUUGCCUUGACGAUAACGCUAACAGGCAGCUUGCUUAGCAUCGCUGGCGGUUGCGGUGCUCCGAUUGCCCCACCUCCACAUCCACGCCCCCCACAUGCCCCGAACGGCUACGGGGGCGUCCUGCUCUGCUUCACUGGCAAAUGCACGGCACCACCCCCCGCACCUCCGCGGCCUCCAAUGCCGACGCCGCCCAGCCCGCAACUCGAGGGCAGCUCCCCAGGGAAGGCUCCCAGCUUGGGGCCGCCUGCGGCAUCCCCGCCACCGCGUCUGCCGUCCCCGCCAGCGGGCUCUGCAGGCCGCGUGGUCCUGCUGGACCUGUCGUCGCGGCCCGCCAACAAGACGUGGGACCUGGUGCCCGGGGUGGUAGUGCUGGUGACCGGAUACCCGCGGCUGGGCACAAGCGCUGCAAACACGACUGUCGUGCUGGUCACUGAUGUAUACCCUGUGACUUCGUACUCGAACAACGACCAUGACGUGGUGCCUGUGCUGACCAGCGGCGUGGAGGGCGUGCCACUGCCCAUCAGGGUCGGCGUCAUAGCAGUGGGCAUCAACGGCGACCGCGAAGGUGCCUACUCGAAAGAUGAGGUGGUGGCUCAGUGGUUUGAUGAGGUGACCACGGUGCAGAGGUUUGUUGGCGAGUGCUCGGUGGGCCAGGCGGUGCUGGUGCCCGCGAGCCGUGAUGACGUAACAGACUUGGAGGAGGGAUACACGACGGCUGACCUUGAGCAGGUCGUUCUUCAGAACAUCGCCGCAACAGCCGUGGGUGCGGGGACCAAUGCGCCCGAAGGGCUCAGGCGCGGAACCUGCGUGGCAGCGGCUUUGCAGGAGCUCUGGCUCCUGGUGGACAAUUUAUUGGCGGUGAAGUCGAGCUCCUUCGCCACGACGGAGUGGCGAUUGGGACAACGACCUCAGCGCGGAUUACAUUGUCGGAAAGUGGGCGUCAGUAACCCGUCAACAGCGUCUUGCGCGAACAUUCUGAGCGGCGUGACCCCUGACGGCAGCUUGGUGCGGGCGAUGAUCCGGGGCCUGGGCCGCAACUGGGGCCUCCGGGCGGCCAAGCCAGGCGGCCUGGGCGACGUCCAGCCCGACUUCACCAGCGGCCUGACGGCAAGCUCGGACAACAUAUGCUUUAAUGGCCCCCAGCUAUACAUCCUGGGUUGGGCGGAUGUGGCUGACAGCCUGGACGCCACGCUGGAUGUUGCGGCCUGGGACGCCGCCUACUGGGGCAGCCGAGAGUUCCAGCUGCCGGCGUUGGGCUCUCGCCUCAAAUCGCUGGGUCGUGUGCAGCUGCGGCUGGGUGACGUGAAGCGCACGUUUUGGGUGGUGCGAGACGGUGGAACAGGCCGCACUGGCAUCAAGGGGGUAUUGGCUGGCCAAAAGUCCCCAACACCGGUCGGCACGUUGUCCCCGCUGUACACCACGUCCGCCAGCCCGCAACUGGCGCUGUAUGCAAUGGACACGGGGCGGGGUGACAAGCAGGCAGCCGAGGAGCCGACCUUCUUCGGCACCUGCUCGCAGUCGAGCGGCAGGAACUGCUCCGUGACCGGCGCGUGGGACACAUCGUUCUUCAGCAUGCGAGACAAAGUUUACCUGAAAGUAUGGCUGCUUGGUUCGGACGCGCAUAACGUCACGGCCCGGGUCCGCGUGUGCCUGGUCUUUUGGCCGAGCGACAACGCGUGCGUGCCUUUCCCCCCGCCUGCACCUUCCCCACCUGUCUCGUCAUCCCCAGCGUUUGGCACCACCACGCAAGCCGCGCCUCAGCCGCCUGCUCGGCCCCCGCCGCCUGCUAGGCCACCAGUGGCGGCACCGCCAGCGGUGUUCCCCACUGUCCACGCGCCGCCACCGGCAAUUGAAGCCGCCGCUCCACCCCCAUCCCCCAGUCCCGGGCCAAUGGCGCCGCCGCCGCCCCUACAGCCACAACCUCUCGUGCAGCCGCAGCAGCCCCCCCUUGCAGCAGCUACCACCUGCGACUGCACGCCCGAACGCCGACGCGACCCAGCCGGCGCCUUCACACAGCCCUCUCCCGGCCCGGACGACCAGGAGCCCUGCGACCCGGAGGCCCCAGCCACGUACGGGCCACCUGGCGGGUACGGCCUAGCUGAGCGGUACGCCCCAGCGCCGCCGUACUACGGCUAUGGCGGCGGUGGCGUAGUGUACGGCGGGAGCGGGCAGCAGGGCGGCGGUUACGGCUAUGGCAGCUACGGAGCAUAUGGCGGCUAUGGUGGCAGUGGUGGGUACAACGCACCUCAUGGGUUAUACGGUUCUCCGGAGGACCCAGGUGGGAGCUCAGGCCGAGCUCCCAAGGGGUGCAGCCCGCACCUUGCCGCGCGGGUGCAGGAACCAGACGGCGCUGACGCUGGAGUCGCAGGGCAGCCUUUGCUGCCGCAAGAGGAGCAGGAGGGGGACCAGCAACAGCGGGCGCUGUGAACCGCCGCAUGGCCACCAUCACGCUGCUCGAGUGUGCGCGCGACCACGCCGAUUUCCAGUACAUCAUCCUCACGCCGCAGGACCUGUCGGUGAGCUGGUUGAGCUGCUUGUUGUGGAAAAGGUUUGCUGAUGGUAAGUCCUGGUCUCCUCACUGGUAGGAAAGAGGCAGCGGAGGGAACGCAGCAGCACGAGGACCCCCCUGCACCACUAGAGAUCGCCAAGGCUGAAGCGGUGACAGGGUUGGAGGAGGCUGUACGACUUCGCGGGGCUAGGGGUGCCGAGGAAGGGAUGGCGCGAGGUUGGGCCGGCACAUCCCCUGCUGGCGGUGCAAGGGGGCCGCAUCAGGGUGCAGCUCCAGUUGGUAGGGCUUAGUGCGGUGGCUUAGGGCAGGCACGACCCGUACAGCGGACACAGGUGCGGGCCGGGACGGCCUAUCUGCGGUAGGUGCUGCAGCGGCCGGGUCGAGGCGCCACGAAAGGCGGCGACUGGUACGGCGACGAUCCCGUGAGCGUGGACAGGCCCAUUGACCGGGGUGUGACAGCCUACCAAGCGUGUGGCCCGCGCAAGCCCGGAAAUGGAGCGACCGCAUGCGUUUGCUUCUUUCAUUGGUGUGGAUUGCACGCAUUUUGAAAUUGGCGCAUUGCGCAGAGCUCAACAGCGGCAGGAUUGCGUUUGCUCGAAUUCAUAUAUCCAGUCUUCAUUGAGCAGCACUGUGGUUGGGUGCUGUCGUCAUGUUCCACUUGUCAAAGGACAUAACCGUGGGACAUAACCUAGGCAAGAGUGUCAUGCAGAGUGGUGCAGGGGGGCCAGGAGCUGAUUGACAGAAGCCGUGUCAUGACUCAUGAGCAACGUUCAGUUGUUGUCUUGUUGACGAGUGAGCGUGCAUGUUGGGGAAGCGCAUUGGCCCAGAUUUACAUCAUUGACCUGGAGUGUGUCUCUGACCGUGGACCUGACCCUGGCAAUGGACCCUGACUUCGUGAUUCUGUGAAGACCUUAGACCGGCAAGAUACUGCGGCUAUGUGUUUGUGUAUUAUGAGGUCCGGGUGUACGGCAGUCGCGUCCCUUGUGCGCCAAGCUUGUGUGCACCAGGAAGGUAGCAAGGUAGCAGCCGCGCAGUUGGCUGGCCAGCAGUACAUUACUUUGCUCAGGGGCGGCCGGGAGGUUCGUGGUGGUCGCAGACAGGCCAGGCGUGGAUCGGCCAUGCCCCAAUGCCUCCACGCCCACGGGUGGACACUGGGUGUUCGUCUGUCCGAGGCCGCACACUGAUGGAGGCGGGCUGCUAGUGGAGGGGCAUGACUGGGAAGUGCAGCGCGCUGAUACGGCUGUGUGGAUGUUGGAUGUGUCCUUGAAGGGCCGCCUGGUGCCAAUGCGCCUCAUGUGCGAACUGAGGGCUUGGCAGUGGGGGCUAAUGUUGGAAUUGGGUGAGCUUCUUGCGGGUAACUAGGUCCACCCAGCUCCUUUAUGAAAUUAUUUGUGCCCACCC